UUGUAUAUAAAGACCCCAUCCUAUCCACCAAUAUUAAAAGGUAGAACCAAAAUUUUGAGUUCAUCCCAACAUCUCCUAAACUCUCCACUCAAAAAACAAACCAAACAUACCAAAAAAAUCAAAGAAAAAAGAGAAAGCAUUGUAAACAAAAUGAAUGAAAUGGUACUAAACAAUAUCAAUUCAAUUCUUGAAGCUUUACAAGCUAACCCUAUACUAAUCUUCUUCUUCAUCAUCCCUCUCUUCUUCUUAUACCUUUUUUCGAUGUCCCGCCGUAAACGUUAUCCUCCAGGACCAUUAGGCUGGCCUCUCAUUGGUAACAUGAUGAUAAUGGACCAGUUAACUCACCGUGGUCUUGCCAAACUUGCACAAAAAUAUGGUGGCGUUUUUCACCUCAAAAUGGGUUAUGUCCACAAAAUUGUUAUAUCUGGUCCAGAAGAAGCUCGUCAAGUACUGCAGGUACAAGACAACAUAUAUUCGAAUCGUCCAAAGACCGUAGCGAUAAGUUACCUAACGUACGAUCGUGCGGACAUGGCUUUUGCUGACUACGGACCGUUUUGGCGUCAGAUGAGAAAAUUAUGUGUUAUGAAAUUAUUCAGUCGUAAACGAGCUGAGUCAUGGGACUCGGUUCGCGACGAAGUAGACUCGAUGGUAAAGAUAGUUACAACCAACACGGGCACAUCAAUUAACUUAGGGGAACUUGUUUUCUGUCUCACUCGUAACAUUAUCUAUCGAGCUGCUUUUGGGACAAGUUCAGAUGAAGGACAAGAUGAUUUUAUUAAAAUUUUGCAAGAAUUUUCGAAGCUAUUUGGUGCUUUUAACAUGGCUGAUUUUAUUCCAUGGCUAGGGUGGAUUGGUAAGCAAGGCCUAAAUGUUAGACUUGCUAAGGCAAGGGCAUCACUUGAUGGAUUUAUUGAUACGAUAAUUGAUGAUCAUAUUGAAAGAAAGAAGGCUAUUCAUGUUAUUAAUGAUGAUGGUUAUAGAGAAAGUGAUAUGGUGGAUGAGCUUUUAGCUUUUUACAGUGAAGAAACAAAAGUAAAUGAGUCUGAAGAUUUGCAGAAUGCUAUAAGGCUUACUAGGGAUAAUAUCAAAGCUAUAAUCAUGGAUGUAAUGUUUGGUGGGACCGAGACGGUGGCAUCUGCGAUAGAGUGGGCCAUGGCUGAGCUUAUGAAAAGUCCAGAGGAUCUUAAAAAGGUACAACAAGAAUUAGCUAACGUAGUUGGACUCAAUAGGAAAGUUGAUGAAUCCGAUUUUGAAAACUUGACCUACUUAAAAUGUUGUUUAAAAGAAACUCUCCGACUUCACCCUCCAAUCCCUCUCCUCCUCCACGAAACCGCGGAGGAAUCGACAGUCUCGGGCUACUUUAUUCCAGCAAACUCACAUGUUAUCAUAAAUUCGUUUGCAAUUGGACGUGACAAAAACUCAUGGGAAGAUCCUGAUAGUUUCAAGCCAAGUAGGUUCCUUAAAGAAGGUGUGGCAGAUUUUAAAGGUGGUAAUUUUGAAUUUUUACCAUUUGGGUCGGGUCGAAGGUCUUGCCCCGGUAUGCAACUUGGGCUUUAUGCAUUAGAAAUGGCUGUGGCCCAUUUACUUCAUUGUUUUACUUGGGAGUUACCUGAUGGAAUGAAACCAAGUGAACUAAAAAUGGAUGAUAUAUUUGGGCUUACUGCUCCAUUGGCUAAUCGACUAGUGGCUGUGCCUACUCCACGUUUAUUAUGUAAACUUUAUUGAAGACCAAAGGGGGUAUUUUGUACGUGUAUACGAAUAGUUUAUACACAAAAUAUUGGUUUGUUUGGACAUUUUUAUCUUUAUUUUGUUUUGUCUAUGCAUAUAUAUACAUAAUGGAUUGGAGAGGGACAAAAGAAAAAGGACGAAAAUAAUUGCUUGAAAGGGGAAAGAGAGAGGAAUUGAUUGUAUGGCAUGCAUUUUGUUAUUUAAUAUUCAUCUGGCUUGCAUUGCUAGUUGUAAAUUAAAUGUCCCCUCCUAUGGUUUGUUUCUUCUUUGAAAACAUAAAUUUUAAAAUCAAAUAAAGAUUUUAUCUUUGUUA